CCUCCAGCAAAGCGCCCUUCAGUCUCUCCGAGCGCACCACGCCUUUGGAAACAUUGAAUUAACCAAAAUAUUGGGAAAAACGCUUCGCCUAACUGCGUUCUUUUUUUUAAAACAACAGUAGACUUGAUUCAAGAUCGAGUUUUUCAAGAUUCCUGCUCUUGGUUAUUUCAAUUAUUUAUCGUAUUAUAUUUAUAUUUAUAUAUAUAAAUAAGAGAUUGUGUAGAGUGUUUUGUUUUGUGAGUGAAUUUGCUGAGUUCGCUUGGAUUGGAUCUCCUGAUUUGGACCACAAAGGAUUUUAAUCGUCCCGACACAUCUAGUGAAGGAUGAAGCAGCCGACAGAAAUGAGUCGUUUGUCUCAGGAGGACGACAGCAGCGGCAGCUCCAGCGAGUACCCGUUCCCCGACUGCCCGAGCAAGGUCCCACUGAACGGUCCAUACUCGGAUGUUGAUGCCGAGAACCAGAAUUUCCUCCCGGAACAAAGCAUGGGCAAGAAGAAAUAUGACACCGAAUAUCACCAGGGCAACGCCUCCUUUGGAAUGUCAGUCUUCAACCUGGGAAACGCCAUCAUGGGCAGUGGCAUUUUGGGCCUGUCUUACGCCAUGGCCAACACUGGAAUCGCCCUCUUUGUAAUUCUCCUGGUGGCUGUCGCCAUCUUCUCCUUGUAUUCUGUCCAUUUGCUGCUGAAAACUGCUAAUGAAGGAGGUGCCCUGGUGUAUGAGCAGCUCGGCUACAAAGCCUUCGGGAUGCCAGGCAAACUCGCCGCCUCCUGCUCCAUCACAAUGCAGAACAUCGGAGCCAUGUCAAGCUACCUCUACAUAGUGAAGUACGAGUUGCCCAUCGUAAUCCAAGCUUUUGUUGGAGGUGACAACAAUGAGUGGUACACAAACGGAGACUACCUGGUGUUGAUGGUGUCAUUAUUCAUCAUCCUGCCGCUGUCGCUGCUCAAGAACUUGGGUUACCUUGGUUACACCAGUGGUCUGUCGCUGCUGUGCAUGGUCUUCUUUUUGAUUGUGGUGAUCAUCAAGAAGUUCCAGAUCCCGUGUCCGCUCCCCGACAACAUUCACGCGCUGAAUGAGACGUUGAAAUCCAACGUGAGCACGCCUGCCGACAACAGCACGGCCGUGGAUUACAGCGACGCCUGCACGCCCAAAUACUUUGUCUUCAACUCUCAGACGGUCUACGCUGUUCCCAUUCUGACCUUCGCUUUUGUGUGCCACCCCGCUAUCCUGCCCAUGUACGAGGAGCUGAAAGAUCGCUCUCGCAGGAAGAUGCAGGGAGUUGCCAACGUCUCCUUCCUGGCCAUGUUCAUCAUGUACCUGCUGGCUGCUCUCUUCGGAUAUCUCACCUUCAACAUCCACGUGGAGCCCGAGCUGCUCCACACCUACUCCAAGUUCUACAAGUUUGACAUUCUCCUCCUCAUCGUGCGCCUGGCUGUGCUGACCGCCGUCACGCUCACCGUCCCCGUCGUGCUCUUCCCUAUCCGCACCUCCGUGAACCAGUUGCUCUGCGCCUCCAAAGACUUCAGCUGGGUCCGCCACACCAUCAUCACCAUUGUCCUGCUGGCCGGCACCAACGCUCUGGUCAUCUUCGUUCCAACCAUCAGGGACAUCUUUGGCUUCAUCGGUGCAUCUGCUGCUGCCAUGCUGAUCUUCAUCCUGCCCUCCGCCUUCUACAUCAAACUGGUCAAGAAGGAGUCCAUGAAGUCGGUGCAAAAGAUCGGGGCCACUGCCUUCCUAAUGUGCGGCUUCUUGGUGAUGAUCGGCAGCAUGACGCUCAUCAUCAUCGACUGGAUCCACAAUGCCUCCGCCGGCUCGGAUGGACACUAAACUCAGCUGAGGAAGUGGAUGAGUUACAGUACACUGAUCUGGCAGCACCCAGAAGUAAACACACAAGAACUCACUUGAUGCUCGCGCGUCAAAUCACGCCAUUCCCAGAGAAUGUAUCUGACUUUGUACAGUUCGCCAAACAUGGUGGUUUUGUUUUUUCUCUUUUUACUAUAACGUUUUUCAUUGUUUUUUUGGUUUGUUUGUUUUUGUUUUUGUAUAGUCCUGGUACAGCUGGAAUACAUUUGACGGUGCCUCAAGUCAUCAGUUAAAAAAAAAAAAAAAAAAAAAAAGCAGCUUACACUCAGGUACGAUUCCAUGUGUGUGUGUGUGGCUGUGACCUCAGAAAGAUCGAGCACAGGCACGGACUUGAACCUUUUCCUCCAGCGCGUUUUUGUUUGUUUACGUUGCCAAAAAUACGUUUGUAUAGCAUCCUUGUACUUUGAAAAGCACUUACUGUUCAGCGUGUGAGAAAACAAAGGUCACAGGCGAGUUGGAUUCCGCUGCCUUGUCAGUAUUCGGACACAGGCUUGGUGGUCAGCUCGUACAAAGAGAACUUGCCUUUUCUAAGCCGACACUGGAGCUGCAGAGUGUUGACGGACGUUUUAUUUAUUACCUGCUGAAGAUCGUGUUACGCUGGUGACCGACCAAGCUGCUGCUUUUUAAGACCUUCAGACCGCAUGGCCUGCUAUUGCAGGUCCAUGACACCAGGGGGUGCUCUUCCUAGAACACAGGCAUCUUUGUUACGCCGGAUUUAGGCUUGGAAGUAGUUUACCUGCAGAAAAUAUUGACUGGACGCUCUCGCACGAUUAGAGCAACUACGAUUCUCGUGAAACCGUGUCACUGAAUGAUGACAUCACGGCUGAGCCCUGACUAAGAUUUGGUGAUCGGUUUUACAUGUCGAUCAAUGUACUUCCAACACAAACGGAGCGUCGUCAACCAGUUAAACCAAACACGCUAAAGUCCAAACAAAGUGUCUUUCCAUCCUUUGGUUCUGAUUGAUGUUCCGUUUCAGUCGGCCACCAGAUGGCGCCGUGCUUCCAAACACUAUCAAUCCAUACCGUUCUCUAUUUAUGGACACCCGUCAAUCAGUGUAACUAUUUUAUUAUAUUUAUAUAGCAAGUUGUGUACAUAUAUAUAUGUAUAUAUAUAUAUAUAUCUAUUGAGUGUAUAUAUGUUCAAACUUUUCUUUUUUAACAGCCAUAACGUCGGAUCUGUACAAACAAAAUACUCAAAAUUUAUAAUGAUGAAUCAAACUGACUAAACAAUGUUCAUGUGUUCAUUACGCGGAUGAACUGUUACGACACCACUGAUUCAGCGUCUGCGACCUUGGAGAGUGAGCCAAGGUGGAGUGUUGUGAAGGAGCAAAGUCGCGGUGACCAGUGUUACACUCUUGUUUCAAUGAAACACUGUAAAUCCUGAUGUAAUUAAUGUCCAAUUAAAUCAAAGGAAAAUGA